AUGCCACCAAUUCCUAUCUAUGCAGAUGCGCCCAUCGCAGCAGCCAAAGCAGACGGCGUAACUCCUCAAACGGCACCACCUCCAACUCGCACAGUAGACUUGCCAGCGACCACAACGAGCUCUGGUAGCAGCUACCCUGCCGCACAGCCUGGCGCAGUUGCGGGACCUGCGCCUACAGGCAGCGUGUCGAGGCCAGCUCCACCACCAACCAGUACCGUCACUACAAGUCUUCAGAUCGACGAGCCUCCACCUCCUCAACCAGGAGCCGCACCCAUACCCUCAACUCGUACCAAUGCCUAUGACACAAACAGCCCAGCAGCUCCCAGAGCACAGCCCAUGCCACAACAACUCAGCAUCCCACCCCCGACCACCAGCGCCCUAGCCACCCACAGCACAGCCGCAGCCUCCCCCACAUCACCAACCCGUCGACCAGUAACACUACCCAUGGGCCCCGUAUCACCAACCAUGCACAGUCGACCCCAGAGCAUCUCUACUCAUCCACCCGGCUACCAACAGAAUCCCUAUGCUGCUGAAUUGACCUCUGCUCAACGAGCCAGUCUUGAGGCCGCAGAGGCUGCUGAAAGAGGCCGCAAGUCUGGUCGUAACAGCAUCAGUGAGUGGAUUGCUGGUGAAGAUGAUGGCUUUGGUUCGCCUACUGCUGGUACUGCAAAGGCUUGGGGUGCGGUCAAGGGUCUUGCGACUCAGGCUGGUCAAUGGGCUGGCAAGGCCAAUGAGUUUGCCAGCAAGAAGCUUGGUUAA